AAUGUGCAAAACAAGAGAAAUAAAUUUAUUUUGAGCAAUGUAAUUAUGUAAUUUGAUUAGAUCAAUUUUUUGUUGAAGACGAAUAUAAAUUGCGCAAGCGUUAUGCAUUUGUGUGUGCCGAAGGAGCAAAAUGGCAGGUCGUAAAGGAAUUCGACUUCUAAGAUUCAAAAACUUUUUUCAAAAAGGCGAGAGCAAUUCUGAAACAUUCGGAGAUAAUGUUGCACACACAAAAGACAUAAAUGAAGUGUCUUUUCAAAAUCGGUCUUUUUAUACAAGACAUAAAAUUGGUGUAGCGAUAGUCUUAUGUCUUUUGAUUAUUACCGGUGUUGUGCUUGCCAUUUAUUUUGCUACAACAGAAUCUGACAAUAAAGAUGGGCGAUCGGAAAAAGGUAAAUUAUCGGUGACCGAUAGAAUGCCUUCGUCAAUAUCACAGUCAACUGACAUACAAAAUUCGCCCUCGGCAGCAACAGAAUCUGCAUCAUCAACAAUGGUAACAAAACCAUACAUUACAACAGAAACUACAGCAAAAACACCGCCUUCCUCUGCAACAACAAUGACAACAAAAGCCAGGUCGACAACAGAACCAACAACUAAAACAAAAGCAGAGACGACAAACACACAAUAUUCCUCUGCAACAACAAUGACAACAAAAGCCAGUUCGACAACAGAACCAACAACUAAAACAAAAGCAGAGACGACAAACACACACUAUCCCGCUGCAACAACAAUGACAACGGAAGCUAGGUCGACAACAGAACCAACAACAAAAACAAAAACAAAGACGACAAACAUACAAAGUUCCGCUGCAACAACAAUGACAACGAAAGCUGCAAUGACAACACAAUCAACAACUACUACAACCACACAAAGAACCACUACGGAAGACACAGCUUUAGGUCUUGCGCAAUGGGGAGAGUGGACGGCAUGCACAGUGACGUGCGGGUCUGGGAUCCACAAAAGGUACAGGGAUUGCUCCAGUGAGACACAGACUUGUUUUGGUGACUAUACAGAAACAAGAGUUUGUAAAAUGAACAGAUGUCCAGUACACGGGGCAUGGACGACGUGGUCCUCAUGGGGAAGUUGUGACGUAACGUGUGGUGGCGGUAAACAAGUACGUUCCCGAUCGUGUAAGAAAGAAAACGCUCAAGACUUCGAUUGUGUUGGAAGACAGUCCCAAAAUCAAAACUGUAACGUAUUCCGAUGCCCAGAUUGUUCAAGACAGUGUACCACUGGCACGUUGAACGAAGCAUGUGAUGCAUGUAUCUGUGAAUCAGUUGUUACAAGCGGAAGAGUUGUAUCAGCUAAAACGAGAAAUCCCAUAGGUGGAGCAGUUAUAUAUGAUUCAGAUGCACGGCAAAGGUCGCUGACGAUUAGCAAUUCUACAGGUUUCUUUACCUUGAACAACACUUGUACAACAACUAGACUGUUGGUUACAAGAGAAGGGUUUGUGAAUAAGGAAAUAGAGGAGAUGGGAACGUACGUAGAGAUUCAACUUGACAAGUUGGUUCUCCCACAUUUUGCUGAAACACCGGAGUCGAAGUAUCGAUUGCAAGGAGAAAAUGUAACGAUGUGUUGCGCAGCGAAGGCAAACCCACCCAUCAGCUAUUACGAAUGGUUUAAGGAUGGAAUUUUGCUGGAUGAAACUUUCCUGCCUAACGGUACAAGUUUAACAUUGCUAAACGUAUCUGUACAAGACAGUGGACAGUAUCAAUGCAGGGCCAACAGUUUGUCUUAUUCUGCAAUAAUGUCACCGGUAGCUUUUAUUAAAGUUAAAGAAAGUUCAAAUGAGUUUUGUUCCGAUGCGCUGAAAGAGAAGAUUAUACCACUACCAGCAGACUGUGUUCAACCUUUAACAAAUACAUCUACGUACAAAGUUCGUGCAUGUAUUGAGAAGGGGUGCCGAAAAAAUGGCAUUUUAAACAACCGCUCCUGUAGGGAUACAACGGAAGCAUGCUGUACCCCAAUAAAUUCUCAGUUUAAAACUGUUAGCUGUAGCGGCUAUCAAUUAGAAGUUCUCGAUGUAACAGCAUGUGGUUGUAGAGCGUGUACUUCUAACAUUAUUUCCCUUACUGGCAACGUUAAAGGAAAAGGUGACAUGAUACCAAUAGCAGGGGCUGAGGUUUGGAUAAAUGGCGAUUUAAUGACUUCUACUAAUUAUAAAGGGAUAUACAAUGUUCGCUUUUCGAAGACCACCGAAACAGUAGUAAUUAACGUCAAAGAUACGCGUAGCCGUUACCUCGAUGCUAUCAAAAUUAUCAAUAUUAAAAGCAAUCUUGCCGGAACAUUGAGGGUAAAUAUGAAAUUGUUAAAAGCUAAUGUUCCGGUUGAAAUUGAUUCAACGGUGCAAAAUACAGUAAAGGCUGGGACCCUGGUAGGUGACAAUAGUGUCCCCAGAUUAGAACUUUCAAUACCUGCUAAUUCCUACUACCUCCCAAAUGGGACAAUUUAUAAUGGAACUGUGUGUGCCUUUCUUACAUUUAUUGAUCCCGCAGACGCAAGCUUUGCAGAUGCCACUCCUGGUAUCUUCCAGUUUAUUGGAACAAUGGGUGAACCAGAAGCUCUUGAUUCGCUGGGAGUUUUUAAUAUGUUCUUUGAAGAUAGCACCGGUAAUGAUAUAGUAAUCAAAGACCCAAUCGAUGUGUAUGUUCCCUAUGAGGUAGAGGACAAUGAGACUUCUGAAAACUUUCAGUUAUGGACACUCAGUGGCGAAACUGGUUUAUGGGUUUUAGAUGCUACAGCAACUGAUAAUAAACGUAAAAGGAGAAAUACAGGUGGGUGGAUUGGCGAAAUCGAUUGGUCUACAAUAAGUGGUAAAGUAUGGAAAAAUAUCGAUCGGGUGCCCGAGAAGACAACCGCUUGCUACUUUAAGUUAAAAUUGUAUAAGAAUGAUCAAUGUACAGAGGAAAUUCAAAAUGUUGGUAAUAUUGACAUUGAAAUCCACAUGAUUAAUGGUUCAGUCUUUCUCACCGAUAAAAAUUAUAUUUCAAACACAGAGGACCAAUGCGUGCCGACAGCUUGCAGGGAAGAUAUCAAAGAUAAGUCUGCAUACAUUACAGUUUUCUACAACGGUCGGUUUGGAAAAGAAGCUCUGUAUGCAGCUACCCCUGUCGUUCAAAGCGGACUUAACUACACUAUUGCUGCAAGUGACGAAAGCAAAACAUUGAAAAUAGAAAUGAUCAGAACAGAAUCGGGACCGUUUUACGAAGAUGAAUCUAAAUGUCUAGCAGACCCAGACUAUUACUUGCGAUAUUACGAAAUAAAAGAUGACAAAUUAUCGGAGUUCACAAGUCUAAAAUAUGCAAAAGAUGAAAUUUCAGUGAAUGAAACAACACUUUCAAAUCGUCAAAAGGCCUGGUACACCGAGGAUCAAUCCCUUUUCCAAAUGUGCAUGAUCAAGGUCGGAAUAGAGCAAUAUGUGUCUUCUCAAUACGAUAAUGAAAGCUUUACUGUAAGGGUUAGCAGUUCUGGUGGUACAAUUGCAGCUUCAAAAGACAAAAUAUUUGGCAUUCGUGACCAUAAAGUAGCAAUUAAAAGCGGCAAAUUAUUUUUGUGUUUAGAAUAUAAAUGCAGCGGUAAAGUGCCAACAGCAUAUAACAGUACAGAUUAUACAGAUUUUGCCACAGAUUAUGUAAACAUUUCAAUUAUUCCGAUGGUGGCGUAUCACACUUAUGGAUAUUGUUCUGUAAAUUUUGUAUCAAACAGUCUCGUAAAUGAAAGUCCACCAGAUAAUAAUGAUAAGAAUCAGGUUGGUAACAAACAAUUUCAAAUAUUUGCUCCUACCGGGUUUGCAUACGAUUAUGGUUUGUAUGAUUACCCGAUGUUUUGCAGCUCUAAUUCAUGCACGGAUGGGGUGGAGAAAAAAGCAAGAGAAAAACUUAUGAAGGAAUGCAAGGAUGGUGAAGCAGAUGAUAACGAUGACAAUACUGAAGACAUUGCUGUUGGAUUCCAGUGCCGUUUCAAAUGAAUAAGUUCGUAUUGUACAAAAGGGUGGAAGAAUGGAAACACUCUUCGUACUGUGACUCUGUCUUAGUUUCGAAAACAGAUGACCUUCACUGACAAUUUUAAAUCGUCCUAACCGUUGUAGAUACAAAAUCGUUCCGAUUAUUCAUAAAAAAAAAUGUGUAAAGUCUGUUUCUAUAACAUGUUCUUAUGUACAGUAAAACUUAUCUUUAUCUGUA